AAUCUGGAUGGUAUAUAAGGAAACGGCUGCGCUGAGAACUCUGUCAGUCAUUCUUUGCCCAUCUACCACCACCGCAGGAGCAACAAUGAGGAUCGCGGUGUGCGCAGUUUUGCUGGCGGUGUGCUGCUUUUCUGCCGCGGAAGAGAAGGCGCGUGCCAAGACGGAGAAGCGAGGCCUGCUGGGGCUCGGCUAUGGUGGCUUCGGCGGCGGGUACGGCUACGGAGGCGGCUACGGGGGCGGGUACGGCUACGGUGGAGGGUACGGCUUUGGGGGCGGUCACGGGGAGGUCAAGGCCGUCACCAUCACCAAGGAGGUGUCGGUGCCGGUACCGCAGCCGUACCCGGUGCCGGUGGAGAGGACCGUGCCGUACCCGGUCAGCGUGCCCGUGAAGGUGCCGGUGGACAGGCCGUACCCCGUGCACGUGCCGCAGCCGUACCCCGUGCACGUGGAGCAGCCGGUGCCGUACCCCGUGCACGUGCCGCAGCCGUACCCCCUGCCCGUACCUCACCCCGUCCUCGUCAAGCAGCCCGUGCCCGUCGCCGGAGGCUACGGAGCGUACGGCGGAUUCGGAGGCGGGCACUCCAGCUUCGGUGGCUUCGGGGGCUACCACCACUAAGUGUCAUCCGUGCCGUCGCACCCACUCGUCUGACAGCUAUCUUCACAGUAGAACUGCGCCACCACGUAUUUCCAUUCGUUUGUUUCCUUUUUGUUAGAUCGAGAUCUCUACGUACCAAAAAGUUGCAGAUUAUUGUUGAUUCCAAUAAAAUUACAUGCAAAGAUUAA